AGAGCCCAUCGCUUCCUCUUCUACUUUGGAGCUUUGUAUGUGGUCGUUGUGUCCCUUGUCAUGGUUCCCACCGUUCAGUCGAACAUACUGUAUAUGCAUAGAGUGCGGUGGCCGUUAUUCGCCAAAUAUGACAUCCCCCAUAAAUAUGGGCUAGCCCCCUAUAGUACCGUAAAUCUCAACAUAUCCACCUCGGACAAUGUCCGUCUUGGUGCUUGGUUCAUCGUGUCUGAUUCCUAUUAUCAACAUACCUCCAAGGUGAAGGGCCGACGUCCAAACCGACCCCUGUCUCUGCCGGAACUGACAACAGCAAUGAGCCGCUACCCAACGGUGCUCUUUUUCCAUGGGAAUGCUGCGGAUCGAGCAGUGGCAUACCGUGUCUCGCUUUACUCGCAACUAUCGAAUCGUCUAGGAGCGAAUGUCUUGGUCAUCGAUUAUAGAGGCUUCGGAAAUUCCGACGGAACGCCCACUGAAGCUGGACUGGCCAAGGAUGCAAAAGCUGCUUGGGAUUGGCUCGUCACCUACGGUGCCUCGCCGUCUAGUAUCUUAAUUAUGGGGCAUAGCCUGGGGGCUUCUGUGGCCACCAUGCUUGCAUCGGAACUAUCCAGCAGAGGGAUUCGGCCUAGGGGUGUGACGCUCGUAGCCCCUUUCACUGAUACCCAAACCAUAGCGAGGACAUACACUCUUGGGGGCGUCAUCCCCUUGUUCCGGCCACUGAGUGUCUUCCCUUAUGUGCUGGAAAUGGUAGUUUCUCUCAUUGCUGAGAUGCAUGAUACAAAGUCGAGGAUAAACUCAAUCCAAGCUCCUAUCCUAUUGGUACAUUGUCGCAAGGAUCCCACAAUUCCUUCUGCACAUUCAAGGGACCUCUUUGAAACGCUGCUGGAUCCGCUGCUUCCACCCCUACCACCCACUCCAGAAGGGUUCGCCCGAUCCAAACUGCCGCGGGAACACUCCAAGCAUCUAAACGAAGCUAUCGCACGGCGUAACCAAAGUCGCGCGGGGACUGUCACUGAAAGCACCAUAGGAGGUUUCGCAUCCCAUGUCGCUGAGUUUGAUCGAGGUGAGAGGGGUCGUGGAGGAAAGGUCAAAUUGGUGGAGACACUAUAUGGUGGACAUACAAAUAUUGUGGGAGCAAGUGGAGUUAUUGACCUUAUUGGAGAAUUUUUUGACAUCUGGCGAACGUAAUCAAGCGCUGCUACCCAACUAUAGGCACUGUAAUUUAUGACCAUUCGUUAGCGGGGUUCUAGCUGUACUGAAAUUUUGUGUCUAUUGAUUGGUGUUGCAUUGUGCCGG